GAUGGUCGAGGAACUUUCCUCCUGGGGUCACGUUGUUCUUUCUCCCAACUCCGUGUCUCCUUCACAACGGACCUGACUACUUCUUGAUUUCUCUCCCCUUCCCUCCCUAAAAAGAUCUCGUUCAACUCCUGGAGCAAGCAGUUUCUCUUCUCCUUCCGUCUAAAACCACCUGAAAGGAACCUUCAGAGGACCAAAUAGAAAUCUCUGAGGUUUCCCCAGACCCUUAAGCAUUUUCUCUUUCGUCUCAGCUCCCCAAAAACCAGACUUUGUCCUGCUCUCUUCCUUCUCUUCGGACCCAGAAAGUCCUCCUCAGCCGUCCUCCACUGUGGGAUCAGACAUUCAGCUCCUUUAAUCAGCGAGGACGGUGGAGAGAAUCAUGCCCUCCGACUUUCUAACGCCUUUCCAGGAAUUGGAUGAGGAGUUCUUCAAGAAUUUCCGCGGCCUGGAGGCGACAGAUGGCUCGCCUACUGGCUCACAGCAGCAACGGCAGCAGCACAGUCUAAGAGUCCUGGGCUUCCAGCGUCGCCAUUCUCUCUGCCCCGUGACCCUCCCCAACUCCAAGUUCAACAGUAGCAGCAGCAGCAGCAGCUCUGAGGUGACCGACUCAACCUGCUGGGGGCUCAACGUGGCCUCCAACCAGCAGUGGAGCAAGGAGGGUCAGUUUCCCCGCUCCUCGCUCAGCCACAUCCCCUUCAGAGUCGACCGCUCGGUCAGCAUGAUCGAGGGCAACGUCAGCAGCCUGGGAGGCAGAGAAGACAAAAUGGCUAAUGUGUCCCCGCCACUGCUGCUCCCUCCACCAGGUCUCUGCAUCAGCAACACCUCUCUCUCCUCCACUGCUUCCUCCUCUGCCUUCAGACCCCCAGCCCCCUCGCCUCACAUCUCCACCCGGUACAAGACCGAACUCUGUCGCACCUUCGAGGAAAGCGGGACCUGCAAGUACGGCGCCAAGUGCCAGUUCGCACAUGGCUUGGAUGAGCUAAGAGGCCUCAGCAGGCACCCCAAGUACAAGACAGAGCCUUGCCGCACUUUCCACACAAUAGGGUUCUGCCCGUAUGGCGCCCGCUGCCACUUCAUCCACAAUGCUGAUGAGCUCCACGCUGGCAAUGCCGCCGUACCUCCACAGAAACAGAAGCUGAGGCCUCCUCUGCUGCGUCACAGCUUCAGCUUUGCAGGCUUCUCAUCCUCUCCACAGACUUUCCAACCAGUUGAGGAGUCGCAGCCUUCCUCCCUUCUCUUCACCCGGGCCUCCUCUGUCUCCCCUCCUCCAUCCUCCAUAGGGAGCCCAGAGCUUCUCUCCCCUCUCUUCCCUGAGCCGGGGUCACUGAAGCAUUGUCCCUACCCCUUCUCUGGCAUCACCGAACUGUCAGGCGACAGCGGUGAUUCGGCUCUGCACUUCUAUGCUGUGAGUGAUUCUGUCAGUGCCAGGUGUCCCACCUCCACUUUAACCUCCAAAAACCCGAAUCUCCCUUACCAACUCCCCCAGCAGCUACCGGUCUCCCUGAAUGCACCCCCUGGUCUUCAGCGCUGCUCCUCUGCAGACUCCCUGUCUGAGGAAGGCUACACCUCCUCCUGUUCCCUCAGCUCUUCCUCCAGCGGCACAGAGUCACCAAGCUUCGAGGGCCGGCGCCUGCCCAUCUUUAGCCGCCUGUCUGUUUCGGACGAGUAGGAAAGGGUUUUACUGGAGAGCUGAAUUUAAUCAGGGAUAGAUGGUCUAAUUGUUUAACUCUAUGUGACCAGGAUCUGAUGUAGGGUUUUUGUGACCAGUCCAAAAACAAAAGAGGGGCUAUGAUGCAUGUAAUCUCCACACAAUAUAGGGUUGAAAUGAAGCAGAAACUCCAUUAUUAAAACUAGACAUUAUAAAACAGUUCAGAUACCAGUCACAAAGGAUUAAAACAUUAGGUUUUAAGUUCCUCUCUAAAUCCAGCCAGGUAAACGUACCUAACUUUGUGCAUAUUGCAUUUCUCAUCCAAGCAGUUGUAGCGCUGCUCAGUGUUCGUCCAGUUUUAGCUGACUUCUCUUUUUGUUUUAUUAUUAUUUUCGUAAGGUUGUUCUUUUAUGCCAUUGUUACUGCUGUAUACUGUUGUAUACCCAUUUUUAGAGACUACUUUGAGGGUACUUCACUUAGCUUGGCAUUCACCCGUAUGCUGUUCCUGCUCAGUGGGAAGUUCUGUGUGAGAAUUUUCUGUACCCUGAUUUAAGAAGGAUUUUAAGAUUAGUGUUGUUUGCCCUAUGUAUGACUGGUGUGUUAUCCACUUUUUUGUUAUUUUUUACAGAUCUUAUUUCUUAUUUUACUCUUUACAAAUAACUUCAGUGAUGCCAGCCUGCAGCACUUCUCCAGUCAUAUUUAGGGCUCUCCGACUGUAUGAAACCAACCUCUUGUCCAUGAGUAAGAGGGUUAAAUAACUGUAUGCUGUCACUGAUUGAUUAAUUGAUUGGUUAUAUGGCUAUGGCCACUUGAUUGUAUUUGUUAGCCAUUUUAAAUGCCUUGCAGUGGUUCAGCUAAACUGCCUUAGCAACAAAAAAAUAGCAUACGUGUAGGCAACCCACUGACUCUCUCUAGUUACCAAAGUUGAUGUUUUAGUUCCCCUAACCUACUAGUACUGUUAACACCUAGCCUAGCCUUUAGCCAUGACAGUGUUAUGAUUAUUGUUUUUAUAGCUUAACACUUUUUUAGACUUAUUUAUUGCUUUUUGUAAAAUGUGUUGUUUCUGUCAGAGUUUGCUUUGUUAUUGUGUUUAUGCAUUUUUUUUUAUAAUACCAGAGAAAUUAUGCUUUACUUAUGCAUUCAUGAUGUCCAUCUGCUUGGUUUACGCUAUCCAGUAGCUUUAAGAGGGCUCGUGGAGAGGAGAGGAAAGGAGAAAGAAAAAAAAAUUGGCAUUCUAUAUGUAUGUUGCCUUAUUGGCUAAUGGGCCUGGCAGAAAUCAAGACUCACUGAGUUUUCACAGCAAAAGCAGCUGAGGAAGUUAGUCUGUGGUUUCUCUCUUCAACGAGAGACGUUUACAGAUAAUACUGCAUCUGAACUUUUGGGAAACAUCCUCGAUCAGUAGCAUGAGCGCUACUUUCUGCUGUUGGUGUGAGCAUACUGUGAGUCUACUCUCCUCUCCAUUCAGCCUCACACCUCUGACUGUAAUAACCUUUUUCCGAUUGUUAAGUGCUGUUAUCUAAAUACAAAGCAAAACGGUGGUGAAAGAGGGGUUCACCACACAUUCAUGGCCUCAGUGUGAGUCAGCAGUGGUAAAUAAAAAUGUGGGCACACUAUGAACAUUAGUGUGGGAGCUACACAACCAUCACAAGAAAGAAAAAAUCUAUUUUAAUGUUAGAAAAGAGAGCUAAUAUUUCAUCUUACAUGUGUGACUAAUCUGAGUGUCUAUCAGGACUGCUGUAUUACUGCAUUGUGGUCUUAGUGUGUGGAAAUUCCUAGCUGUUUAAAAUGUGUGCUAUCUUCUUCUCUUGUGAUGUAAACAAACAGGUGAAAAGGUGACCUUUGUUUAUAGUUUUUAUCUAUCAGAGUUGCCUUGAUGACAAUGUGUUUUUAGGUCGACCUCUGUUGCACGCUAGCUAGCUAGCUAACUCUCUGAGUGGCAGGUGAAAUCAAGCGAGUUCAAAUGAAAUCAGGCAAGAUUUUUAUUGUUUGUUUUUGUCAUGAAAUCGACUCAGCCUGCCCUGAUGAGUCCAGAGAUGCUUCUUGUUGCUGUAGCUUAUUGUUAGCUUGACUUGACAGCAAGUGGUUUUUGUAACUUUUGUUAACUUAAAGUCUUAUUUAUUUUGUUUUUCAAAGCAAAACCUAUAUUGUGUUGUUUGAUAUUGUGUUUUUUGUUUUACAUAAUUUAAGUGCAUUUAUUGUUUACAUUCCAAGGGUUAUGUUGAUAUCCUAGCUCUUUAUCUUAAUAUAUUUGUCCAUCUUUAUUUCAAAAUAAAAGUCCUUGAAAAAUAAGAGCAUUAUA